AUGUCCUCCACCAAGUACCCGUGGGACUCCCACCAGAGCGCCGUCAUAAACUCAGUCGAGCUCACCGGUCCCCAACUAUACACCACAGGUGUGACGCACUACCGCCACAUCCUUCAAACGCAACGAACCUACCCGAGAAUCUGCACAGACUUCGUCAAGGAAUAUCGAGACAGAGCUGAAGCGCCCUCAGACACCAUCUUAGACCUCGAUACCUCUCAAUCCACGCGCUCCAGUCCACUCGAUCGAUCCAUAAACUACACCACGCGCCCCGCACCCGCAGCACGCUCAGAGUACCAUAGUGACAUCUACCAUGCCACAACUACCAGCAGUGCAGUGUGCCUGGCAAUAGUACGCAUCGCGGAGAAGAAUUUACCGUUUAUCGACUUCACCUCUGCUGCCAACCAUCUACCCAAUCUCUCACCCUCCGAUCCGCUGCCCUCGUUACCGGUAGGCAUUUUCACCGGCGAUCUACCUUCCUCCCACCUGCCAACCUCGACCAGGAUUUCCAUCGCCUUCCUCCCCGAAUUCUACUCUGACAACCGUCACGCGCUAGGCUACUACGUCCUGCUUUCCGCCAUAGCAGAUACCCAGAAAGAACGUGUCACGGCAGCUGUGUUUACGCCGUGUACGAUUGCUGAUCUGGAAGACUGGGACAUGGUUUUAUACGAAAAGGGCAGGCAAGCUGAAGGUAUUCACCAUAUGGAUGUGGUCGGGGUGCGGGGUGGUAGGUGGGUGACGCCAGAUUGUGGGCAGUAUUGGGGUUCGUGGAGCUGGGUGUGGUGGGUUUUGGAAAGGUGGGAGAAGAAGAUUGCUAAGACUUUGGAGAGGAUUGUGGGAGGGGUAUAA